AUGACAGCCUCGCAGCAUUGUACCCCCUUUGCCCUGCCAUCAAAUGGCAUCCUUAGCAUCGACGAAUCCACGACGAUAACCCUCACUCGCAAUGCCGUGUUUGAGCCUCGCUGCACCGGCGCCAACAUGGCGACCGAACCUCCAAGCUCGUCUGAUCCCUCCACCGUCGCCGACCUCCGUGAUCCCUUUUAUGCCUCGACAUUUCCGCAAGCCUACGCCAUCUCCGCUGCCACGGUUGUGAGCUGGAUGCUAGUCAUCGCUCUGUGCAUCACACCGCGAUCAUUCCUCUACGGUUCCUCAUCAAGCAGCCGAAGACUUCUUGGCGGUCGCGGCAUCAUCAGCGGAGCGUCGGGUGGCACUCCUGUCGUCGGUCUGGGCAUUCGGCCGUGGUUUCAGACUGUGGCGGCCCUGACCGUCGCCAUCUCCCUGACGAUUGCUUCGGCCGACUCUUUCAAUGUUGCCAAAAAACAAUACAUUCUGGGCUUCAUGGAUGCCGACAGGCUGCGAGACAGAGUCGCCAAUGGACUGGAAAUACGCGUGGUUCGAGUCAUCUCCGAUUUGUUUGUCUGGCUCGCUCAAGUCCAAACGCUAAUUCGGCUUUUUCCACGGCACAAGGAAAAAGUCGUCAUCAAAUGGACGGGAAUAGCCUUGAUUGUGCUCGACACCAUCUUCAGCAUUCUCAACAGUUUUGUCAUCGAGACGGGAAGAACUCGACCGCGAGACUUUGACGAUGCUAUCCCCGCCCUCAACUAUCUUCUUGCGCUUGCAUUGAGCUUUCUGUAUGCGGCCUGCGUGGUUUAUUAUGCUUUGUCGAAGCGACGGUUUGCUUUUUAUCAUCCCCGAAUGUGGAACAUGCCCUUGGUGGCACUCUUGUCCAUCUGCGCCAUUUUUGUGCCGGUCGUCUUUUUUGUUUUGGACAUCUCGAAGCCAGAUCUUGGCAGCUGGGGAGACUACGUUCGCUGGGUCGGCGCCGCCGCAGCAAGCGUUAUUGUUUGGGAAUGGGUGGAACGUAUUGAAGCAUUGGAACGGGACGAGCGAAAAGAUGGUAUCCUGGGACGUGAAAUAUUCGAUGGUGAUGAGAUGUUGGAAAUCACUCCCUCCGAGGAGGUCUCAAGACCCGGGCCGAGGCGUGGCGGCCAGGGAGGCGACCAUGGAGGGAUGCCGGUCCAGAGACCGGAACCUGCCAAUACAAGCACGAGCAGAAGAGGAAUGUCCAGUCUUGCGUUCCGUGUUGGUCGCUCUCACCAGCGGCGAGACAAUCGCGAGUCCGGAGGGGAGGCCGCUGCUCGAGAUAAUGGAGUCGUGGCCCAUGGUUCGGGCAGACACCCGGCAUCAUAUCCACAUCCCUCUCAAAUACCUUCGACUAGUACCACUCCGCUCAGUGCCGUCGAAAGCCUGAGCGCUACCAGUACUGUUUAUGCGGUGCAUUACCAUUCCGUGUCGGACUCGACACCGCCGAUACCCGAGGAAACGGCCAUCCACCCACGGAGCCUUGAAGAUGGUAAUCCCAUGCUAGCCAACAGAGAGCCAAAGACUCCAUCUUCAGAAGAUGCCUCCUCGAGUACGACCCAUGACCGCGAUGAUGGCGUCGACCCUUCUCGACCCGAUAGAGAAGCCCGAUGGCACAAGGUCAUCAAUCCGUUCAAACGGAAGCGCGCCUCUCCUCCGCCAGAGGUGGCGAGUGGGAUGGUCGUGGACAGGCGCUUAUCGGUUGGAUCAUCAACAUCAGUCCAGGAUGAAAGCACGCCGGCAGGCGGUGUAUUGUCCAGAUUCGGGUUUCCCACCCGAGCACAGCGGAUUCGACAUUCACGUACAACAACUCCUUUACCGCUGACUAUCAUUCCCGCUCAGCCCCGUGGUCGACCUUGGUCCCCCGGGUCCUCGCAGGAACCAGCGCAGGUGAUGCCAGAUGAGGAAGCUAGCCCUGUGCAACCGCCGCAGACAGGAGUUUCUUCUCGUGCUACCCAAGGAAAGGCUGUCAAUCACGAGCUGCUCAACGGGCAGAAUACAAACGGCACCUCAGCUCGAUUCCUCUCUCCUCCGUCUGGUUACUCCUCUUCACGGCAUCCUCCCACACCGUUUCAGAUGCCGCCCUCAAGGGACCGGCCACAAAGCAUUUCUUUUGUUCCACAGAUACCCCCUUCGCAUGAAACGCGCAGUAGAGCCUUUGAUCUAUCAUCAGAUAAUUCUGAAAGUCCACCUCUUUCAUCAUCUCAGAGGAAUACGGCUGAUGCAGCACUUACUUCUUCCUCGGCAGAAGGCGCUGUACUCACAAGCGCCCCUGGCGACGGCAAGUUAACAGACACUGUACAUCCCCCUCCAGGAGGGUGCGCUUAA